GACGUCUUGGCCUGCAUCACGGUGUAGACUCGAGACGUCUUGGCAUGCAUCUUGUCGCUCGGCGCGUUUCAAUCCCUCCAUCUUGAGGUGGAGGCGCCUUGACAGAGCCGGGUGAGUGGGAGGUCGUGGGCUCGAUCCCGACAGGUUAAGGACCACUGGUUUAGAGAGGUGUUUGGCUGCGACACAUUUCCACGCGAUAAGCCACCACGCCAGGUCGCUUCUGGGAAGAGCCACGUGACAGAUGGAGUCCGUCAAACGGGAACGCAGACUCGGUCGCUGGGACGGUACGUGCCCUGCGGCGAUGGGCGACAGGGAAGGCGUCGAAUGCAGUCCCGAUCUGAGCCUCGUCAAAGUGGAGAGGCCGGAGGAGAGAGGAGACACGGAGAGCGUAGACCGCAACUUCAUCGAGGUGGAACUCGAGGAGGAGGAGGAGGGCGGCAUGGGUCAUGGUGGAGGAGCGGCUCACAUUCGAAUGGCAACCCUCCACCCCAAGAAGACUUUUACCACGCGCCGCGAGGCCAUCCACGGCAUCCAAGACUUUGCUUUGCAACAAGGCAAGCGCGCGGUCCUUGACCUCAAGCGAAGCGGCGGACGGCACGUUGCCAUCGUCUGCUCUAGUUCAACACCUUGUUCCUUCAAGGUGAAGCUGACGAAGCUCACGGGGGAACGACGUGGCUUCCGCGUCUCGGCGCUGUGCACGGAUCACCACGGCUGCACGGGCACUGCCAAGAUCACGCAGCGCCAAGUGGAGGUGAACACGACAGCCCGUUCGGCCUUUCGCGCCAACCCCCGUACCUCCGCACCGACUGUCAUUGCCCAGGUCGCCGACAUUGCUCGCGUCAUUGUCCCGACCCGGAUGAUGUACCGCGCCAAGGACACGUGCAUCGCGGCGAACGAGAGUGCGGCCCAUGCAGGCUUCGAGUUCAUCAACUCGCUGGUGGAGACGUUCGGCAAGCUCAACGCGACGAUCUGCAGUGUGCGAGAAGACGCGGGCAUCUUCUGGGGUGCGUUCAUCUGCAACCCGAUCGCACGCUCGUUGCAGCCAAGUCUUCAACGCGUCGUCGGCAUCGACGGGUCGCACAUGAAGGCGCGCGCCUACAAUGGAACCAUGCUCGUCCUCGUUGGGCGCGACGGCAACAACCGCAACGUCCUUCUCGCCGUGGCGCUGGUGCCGUCCGAGACGGCAGCGGCCUACGACUGGUUUCUCAACUGCUGCACGACCAACGACAUCGAGCUCGACGGCACGCCGGUCUUCUGCGAUCGUGGCACGGGCAUCCUAGCCUCCGACUGGAAGGACCUCAUGCUCAUCCACUGCACGCGGCAUUUGAUCUGCAACGGCGUGGACAACAUCGGCUCCGCGUUCACGCCCGACCUCCAAGGCAUCAUCUACGAUGCCCAAGGGUGCGCCUCCGAGGCCGCGUUCCGCAGCUCCUUGGGCUGCUUGGGCGUAGCUCUGCCUGCGGCGGCCACGUACUACAACAAGAUCGACCCCCACACGUGGGCGCUCUACCCGCACCUGCACACGACGCCAUUGUACGGCUGGCGCACGACGAACUUUGUGGAGUCCACGAACAGCGAGGCCCUGCCGGCUCGCGAGAUGGACCCCUUCCACUUCCUCAUGCACCACAUGGAAGACAUGAUGACGACGGCCUUUGCCCACCGCAGCGACGCCGAGAAGUGGGCCGCUCAAGGGCGUGUCAUUACGCCGUACGCUCAAGGACUCAUCGACGCUCAGCAGGCGUUGGCCCCGAGGUACAAGGUCUACGAGAGUACCUCGACGCGUGCAUACGUCAAGGAUCCAGACGCCUACGCCUCUGCCAAGCGCCGAGUCGAUCUCAGCUCUCGGUCGUGCACGUGCGGGUACAUGAAGCAGAUGGGCUUGCCGUGUCGGCACUACAUUCGUGCCCUCAUGGCGUUUGGGCGGAUGCCCGAGCUCUACGACGCAUGUGCGGUGUGUUACCAAGUCUCUGCCAUCAACACGACAUGGACCUCGGUUGCCGGUAUCGAGCUGCCCAUUGCCGAGGAGCUGCAACGCGACAACACCAUGAUGCCACCUCCUCGCCAGAAGAAGGCUGGCCGCCCGAAGAAGCGUCGGAUUCGCAACCGUGGCGAAGGUGGCCCAUUGGGCCUCACGCGGUGCUCCUUCUGUCACGCCAAGGGCCACAACAAACGCUCUUGCCCGUCGAAGUAGUUAUAUAUAUGUAACAAACAUGUUUUGUUCUAAGUGUGCAGCACCAUACUUCUCGACGCAAACACUAUCUACCGUUGUUCUACUGUAGUAGGUGUAGCAUGCAAGCUGGCACACUGUACCAGUAUACAAAUGGCAAGUUCGUGUAUGUUCGCGAGCUGAAAGUGUUACUGUAGUUGCAAGCUGGCACACUGUGCCAGUAUACAUAUGGCAAGUAAGUGUCACUGUAGUAGCGAGCUGGCACACUGUGCCAGUAUACAAACGGCAAGUAAGCGAGCUGGCACACUGUGCCAGUAUGCAAACGGGAAGUUUGUGGUGCAAGGUAUGGAACAUGAGCCACGAGAAACAUCAUUUGGAACGCUCUAAAUCUGUGGCGACAUAUGGAUGAAUAACGCAAGGACCUAAACGUGUACAAAAUGAUACAUUAAAUCGUACACCUUCUUCACCCAGUUUUGACAUUUGUCCACAUUGAACAUCACCCAGUUUUGUCAUAUCAAAAAGCACCACCCUGUUUUGCCUGUCGUUUUCCAAGACCACCCAGUUUUGACAUUUGGGAUCCAGUUUUGUCGGCAAAAGUUAAAAACCACCCAGUUUUGACAUUUUCCCUUAAAUUAUAUACUGUAUUGCUAUAAACCACCCUAUACCUUAUACAUUGUAAUAUUACACUAUGUAUUAUUCUACCCACCCUAAUGUGUAUCACACUGCUGUAUAUUGACUAUACAAUUACGAUACUAUAUAUUACUUUGUACAUUGUAUUAAGCAUAUAAAUGUUAUACUAUUUGUUAUUAUACACUGUACCAUUGACCGUCGUGUGAAAGAUACUAAGAGGAAGCAACGAAGCAAACGAAAUAAUGGGUGAGUAGUGGCAGGAAACUUGCAGCGGAGCAAAGAAUCCAUUCCCUGCGGAGAAUACAAUGGCAGUGAGUGGCACGCGGUCUGAAAGUCACCGCAAACGUGAACACAAUCAGUUAAGAUCUGAAAUGGUUCCAAUGAUUGCUAAGCCAGAAUCCAUCUUCUCGGUUGAAAUUGUCUCUGUGUUUGUAUAUGUGGAUAGCCUCAUGAACGAAUCUCUCAUGGUAGCCAGAUGGCUUGCAGAGAACCUCUGUCUUGGAGAAGUCAAUGUCAUGUGAGCCCACUGAAUUGUAACAGUGAUCUGCCACGGCUGAGGUGUUUGUCCUACCGUGUUUCAAGUCUGCUUUAUGUUCACGGAUGCGGUCCGAGACAUGUCGUUUGGUUUCUCCAAUGUAACUGCUACCACAGAGGCAACUUAGUUUGUAGACGCCAGGGUACUGUAUGUCUGGAACUUCAGCCUGUCGCGUCACGCCGUCACGCACUCGGGGGAGCAGCCGCACGUGUGCCCCGUUUGCGGCAAGGGCUUCUUGUGUUUUAUUUUUAUUAUUUUAUUAUUUCCCUUCUAC